AUGGCGACGGAGAGGCUAACACAGGCGCUGUGCCCCGGAAGCUUGUUCGUGGGAGAGCAGGGGACGAUGGCUCAGAACCUGUACGGUCCAGGAGUCCGGAUGGGCAACUGGAACGAGGACGUCUACCUGGAGGAGGAGCUCAUGAAAGACUUCUUAGCAAAGAGGGACAAGGGACAACUUCUCAUACAGAGAAACAGAAGACUGAAAGAGAAUCUUUUGAGACCGAUGCAGCUUUCCAUAUCUGAAGACGGAUACAUUCGCUACGGCGACAAAGUGAUGCUUGUGAAUCCUGAUCACCCUGAGACAGAAGCUGAUCUGUUUCUGGGCGGGGACCUGAGCUUGUGUAUGACUCCAGAUGAAAUUAAAGCCCAUCUGAGUGACGAAUUAGAGGUGCCCUGUGGCCUGAGUGCAGCUCAAACCAAGAUCCCAGUUGGCAGAAACACUUUUACCAUUUUGUGUGCAGCUGGAGAGGUCAUUGGUCAGGUCCUUAGAUACGGGCAGAACUUUCGCCUCGGGAUAGCAGGAGGAUUUGCAGACAGAAUGUUAUAUUUAUCAAGUGACCACAGGACCCUCAUGAAGUCGUCUAAGAGGUCUUGGCUCCAGGAGGUGUACCUGACGGAUGAGGACUCCUACCUGAACUGCUGGCAGGCGGCCUUCCCUGACCCCCAGCUACGCCUGGAAUAUGAAGGCUUCCCCGUCCUGGCAAAUGCAAAAAUUCUUAUCAAUCACUGCCACACGAAUCGGGGGCUGGUGGCCCACCGGCAUCUUUUCUUAAGUACCUAUUUUGGAAAGGAAGCAGAGGUCGCUGCACACACAUAUCUGGAUUCACACAGAGUUGAAAAGCCAAAGAACCAUUGGAUGUUGGUGACUGGGAAUCCCCGGAAGGACUCGUCCACCAUGUUGGACCUGCCUAAACCGCCGGCGGAGGACACCCGAGUCCUGGAGCCGGUGGCGGAGCCGGGAGGCAGGAACGCACCUGGUGCGCAUGCGUGCACUCGUCCGAUGUAGCUUUACAGGAAAUCUAUCUUGGUCAUGCCUCAUGCUUCUUAAAGAAGGCACAGAACUCUCUCAACAUUGUAUUAAAACAAAGGCUGUAUUCAGAUUAUUGAAUUAACGGUGGAGGUCUAGGGCACAGGAAAAAACAAACAAAAAACCUUGCCUUGGGCCAUAGCUCAGAAAUGGUCUUUGAAGGUGACAGAUGAUAUUUCUUUGUUGAUGACCAAAUUCUGAAGACUCAGCUUCCUUUAUUUAGAUCCUACAGCAGCAGCUUCUGUAAGGACUGUAAAAAACUCGUUACUUUUUAAAAAUGUUACUUUUUAAAGCUAUGUCUGUAUAAUGAAGCUAUUGGAACUUCACUGAAUUUCUGGCACCAUUCUCUUUCCCCCGACUCUGUACAAUGUACUAAGAAAUCAAAAAUGGGUAGCUGUGGACUGUGGCCUUACUUUAGAGUUGAACAUUUUCCCCCUUGUAUUUUUGUGUCUCCUUCUGGCUUGCGGGGGUGGGCUCAAGACCUCUA